UGAAAAUGGUACAUUUCUAAGAGAGGUUCUUUGUUUCACUUUUGAAAUAGGUAGAAAUGCCAUAGCCAAAAAAUUAACCACUGCCUGUGGUUGAUAUGGGACCUGGCCCCAAUUUUCAACAUGCUCCCAUUGAUGUUGCCUUCAAAUUGCACCCUAUAAGAUUCCAAGCUUGAAUCUAGCCUGAGCCAAUAAGAAAGCGCGUGGGUCCAUGAAACCCCAACUGAACACAAAUGCCCUUCAAAAAAAAAAAAAAAGAACAUCCACAAAAAAAAGACAUCUCAAAGGAGUGGCGUAGGCUGUUCAGUCUUAAAAUCAAAGCUCCCCGCAGAAACAAACGCACACAAGCAGACCAAAUGGCAUGGGCUCUGCUCUCUCCUCUUCCUCCUCCUCUAGCAACCUGUGCCGCCAAAAUAAGCAACACAAACCACUUAAGAAGAGCAACUAAAAUUAUAGCAAAUGCCACAAACUGUGAAGGCAGCAAAGACAAAGGCAAAGAUGAUGCCCCGGCAUUUAAUCCUUUUGGUUUUGUCACAGAUAACCCUUCCAGCCGUAGUGCCAUCCAGCUCCCUGAGAGCCCUGCUGAGGACGGCAAUGUUGGCCAAAUGCUCAAUAGGAUUGAAGACAAGGGAAAGGAAUAUGGUUCAUAUGUAAAAUCUGGGAAGUUUACGUGGUUUGUUAGAGAAACUGGACCACCUGAGAGUCGACGGGGAACAAUUGUCUUCCUACACGGGGCUCCUACUCAAUCUUACAGCUAUCGAGUAGUCAUGUCACAGAUGUCAGAUUAUGGGUUCCACUGCGUUGCACCUGACUGGAUAGGGUUUGGUUUCAGUGACAAGCCGCAGCCAGGAUAUGGUUUUGAUUACACAGAGAAGGAGUUCCAUGAGGCAUUUGAUAAAUUACUUGAUGUUCUGGACAUUAAAUCUCCCUUCUUUCUUGUUGUUCAGGGGUUUCUUGUAGGUUCUUAUGGAUUGACUUGGGCCCUGAAAAACAAUAGCAAGAUAUCAAAGAUGGCAAUUUUGAACAGUCCAUUAACAGUUUCAUCUCCUGUUCCUGGGCUAUUUCAAAAGCUAAGAAUUCCUCUUUUUGGAGAAUUUACUUCCCAAAAUGCUGUUAUGGCUGAACGCUUUAUUGAAGCAGGUAGCCCUUAUGUCCUGAAGACAGAAAAGGCUGACGUUUACCGAUUACCAUAUUUGGCAAGUAGUGGACCAGGAUUUGCUCUCCUCGAGGCUGCAAGAAAGAUUAAUUUCCAAGAUAUUUCAAGCCAAAUAGCCAAUGGCUUUGCAACUGAAAGAUGGGAUAAACCAAUACUUCUUGCUUGGGGAAUAGCAGACAAAUUUUUGCCUCAAUCUGUGGCAGAAGAGUUCCAGAAAGGAAAUCCUGAUGUUGUAAAGCUGAAGUGGAUAGAAGGUGCUGGUCAUAUGCCACAGGAGGACUGGCCUGAGAAAGUUGUGGAUGCUCUGCGAGUGUUCUUUUAAAUGCAACACAUGAAUCAACAACGAGAAUAUGUAGCUAUGCAACUGUUUUUCAGUUGCAGUUCUAUUUGACUAGGAUGAGAUUCUGAGCAGCAAUCUGACCACAGCAAAGAUGACCAUGAAAAGGAGACAAGUUGAGAGAGAAAAAAAAAUCUUAAUUACAUAUUUCUUUUUCUUUUCUCCCCUUCCCUUUUUUUUCCUUGAUAAUGCAUAUGUUAAUGGGGCUAUGGCAAGCCUUUUAAAUCAGACUCACAUGUAUGUCAUGCAUAAGCUAAGGCCAACAAUAAAAAUAAAUAAAUAAUGAUCUAA